AUUGGUGAUCUUAACAGGAAAGUGAAAGGGUUAUGUCCAGAAACAAGUGUAUAUGUUUAUUAGAUACUCCUUCCCUUGAGACAAGUUUAUUUGUUGUUUGGAUGCAAAAGAAGUAUGGAAGCUUACUGGAUGGUUUAGUUGUUUAUAUAUUCUAAUGUAGUCCGGUUUUGAUUUCUAAAACAGGUCGACCAUGCAUCGGUGAUUUCUGUUACAUAAACCAGUGGUUGUGGACUCAAAAGACCUUUUCCUCAUACAUUUAACACUAUAAAUUUACUGACGUAGGCAUGCAUGAACGUGACUGUAUUCCUCAAAUAGGAUAUGAUGUGAAGUAUGUCUCUUUUUACGUUUACUUAUUUAAAAAAUUUAAUAGUGUAACUAUGAAUCAUCCAUUACAUGUGUGCUGCCUGUUGCUUACCUUAGGGGCUUUAGUCAAAUCAUGUUGCCAUAGUUGCAUAUGUACUGAGACAGCUGCAGAGGGAACCUUUAGAGCUUUCUUUGUCCUUUUUAACUUUUCCCUAAUUGUUACAGUUUUGCCAUUCAUUUCCAGCUCUUGCUGCCCUACCUCAAAUUUGAUUCCUAGUUUCAGUAGUCUCUAUAUUUGCUCUUAAAGAUAUAUGCUUUGGCCAUGAAAAGAGUGACCAAAUUUCUAAAGGUGACUGCUUGGUUGGUUACAUUUGAUAUUUUUUUGGGGGUAUUGAUACAGUAUACUAUGUAAGAGCUUGAGAACUUCCUUUGUCCUUUUUUUUUUUUUAAUUGUUUCGAUUUUGCCUUUCAUUUUCAGUCCUUUUUUCCUUUUUUGAGUUGAAACGUGAGGACUUGCUAAUGGUGCUUAGAGGCUGUUAAUUUAUUUUAAUGCAGUUUUACUUGUGGUAUUGAGAUAGUAUAUGAUGUUACACAGCGGGAAACAUUUGCAAAUCUAUCAAGAUGCUUAUUAGAAACAAAGUUGAUAAUGUAUUUGAUUCAAGAAGUAGUGAAUUUUUCCCUUUAGUUUGACUAAUGUUUGUAUCCAAGUUUCAUUUUGCUCCAGUUAGCAAUUUAAUUUCUAGUUCAUCUGAAACUUUCUCAUUGGGCCAUUUGAUGUUAUGGAUAAUAACUCUUGAGCAUUAUUUUAUGCAUGGAAUUCAAUUAUCAGUGAUCUUUCACAGCAAAGUGAAGUAGUUUGGGUCGGGAAUAUUGAUGCCUCAUGACAUAGUGCAAUGCAAUAUCUCAAGUGAAUGUAGAACAAUGCUAUGACGAGCUUGUCUUAAAGGGUUAAUCUAGGGUUAAGAUGCAAAGAUUACUUCCUUCCUCCUAGAAUUUGAUGCUCUAAAGUAUGGUUGUCUAUCUGGAUUACUGCACAGCUAUUUGUCAAUAGACUGAGAAGUAUGGUGCCUCUAGCUCAGUGGAGGGAAGUGAAGGAGAUGGAUUCAAGGAUCUCUAGUUUGGCAUGUCUUGUUUGAGAAGGACUCAACAGAAGUAGCAUUCAACAGAAGUUAUUGUCUCCUCUGAUGUUGUCCCCAGGUCAAUGUGUCUCCUUUUGGUAUCUGAGGACUCAACAGAAGUAGCAUUCAACUGUUUUCGUUUUAGCCUUUCCAUUUAAGACACUAUCUUUUAGUUGGGAAUUUGCUUGCAUUCAUCAGGGGACAAUAGGAUGAUAUACAUCAUAUGUAUUUCGGCUAGGCCUAGCACUACUGCUUAUGAAUUUAGAUUAAUUUAUUUCACAAUGUUGAAUGCAUAGCUUCCGCCCUCCUAGCUUUUCAAAUGUGAUGAGGAUUGAAAGGAAUCCUUGUGUCAGUCCAUUCUUUAUUUAUCAUUUUUAUUACAUGUUUUGGAUGCUAGGGACCAACAAGGUACAAGAUGCCAUCAUCUAGAGAAGCGUUGGAAAGAAAACUGCUAGCAUAGAAACAUGAUUCUUUGGUUAAACAAGUGUGAUCUUGUUCCUGUGGGCUACAAAGGGAUCGCUUAGAACAUUAUCGGGGAAUACCCAACACUAGCACUCCAUACAAGCAUCAAUAAGUUUUUUGGCCAGGUAUGAAGGGCCAUCUCUAUGGAAAGUACUAGGAACCUCCACAACUUGCAUUUGAAUAUAGAACAUUAGAAUGU